UGCUCCCUUUGUGCCAUCUGGGACCACGGAGAAGCCUAGCAGUUGAACCGUUGCUAGAGUUGUAAUGAAGAAGGAGAGAGACUCAGAUGGAGGAAGUAAGCCGUGGGAUUUGAGCAAAAGGAUUUUCCGGACACCAAAGCCAUUUGUUCCUUGCCAGAGAGUUUGGCCACAGAGAGUCGCCAAGAUAGCUGGGCCAGGAAGAAAGCGCCGCACCCCUGACCCAGACUCCAUUACCUAUCCCGGGGGACUCUGGGUGUUAACCAAGCGGCUAAAGAUGUCCGGCGGUACCGGUGCCGCAGGCCAAAGGAGGGCAUCCCAGGGGCUGGAGGACGCCACCAACAAGAAGAAGCAGAAGGAUCGAGCUAACCAGGAGAGCAAGGAGGGGGAGCGGCCUGCCGCCACAGGCCCUAAGAGAGGACCAGCCCCUGGCUCAGAGUUGCACUCCCAGGAGGAGCAAGUCCUGGAGGAAGACCUGCUGCUAGACUGGAAGCAGAAUGCUGAUGAGGUGAUCGUCAGGCUACACGUGGGACCCAAGCCACUGCGGCUGGAGGAGGUGGAUUUAGCCUUCACGGAUACCGACUGCGUGGUCCGGCUGCCAGAUGGCCGGCAGUGGAGCUGUGUGUUUCACGAGGAGAUCGAGAGCUCGUGCAGCAAAGUGCAAUACCGCAAGGGUGGCUUCCUGCAGCUGGUGCUGCACAAGAAGAUCCCACUUCUGUGUUGGCCCUCCUUGCUGAAACAGAAGAGACCCUGUGGCCGGGACUGUGGCACCCUCUGUAAGGAGAAUGAGCAGGAGCCACCCUCCAACCCAAAGAAGCCCGGCCAGGUGGCCGGCCCCGAACCCCAGCAGGGGAAGCAAGAGUCCCGCAACCAGAAGCGGGCCCAGGGCCGUAGCGAGAUCGGGGCCGGGAUCGGAUCUGGGGCCCCGGUGGGGCCCAGCGCCAAGCGGGCCGUGCACCUCAGCGGAGCCAGGGAAGGGCAGGUGGAGCCUGGGGCCCGCAAGGGCAACCUGGGCCCCCGAAGGGAUGCGGCCCCCGCUACCGACCCUACGACUCAGGCAGCAGCAGUGGCGCAGGAGGCAGUUCCCCGGGAACCUCGCCGUGGGAGAGAGAAGCGAGUUUCCUCACCAGGGGCCCCGCUGGAGGAGGACAAGGUGGCGAUGGCGGCGGUGAUCCCCAAGGGAAGUGAGGCCUCCCCGGCCGUUCCCCGGGGGCGAGACGACGAAAAGGGAGAUGAACUGAAGGAGGUGGCAGCCCUGGAACCCCCAGCUGGUGAUGAGCCUGAACCAAUGGUGAGCCUGGCCUUUGUGAAAAACGACUCGUACGAGAAAGGUCCCGACGCGAUGGUGGUGCACGUGUACGUGAAGGAGAUCUGCAGGGAGACCUGCCGCGUGCUGUUUCGUGAGCAGGACUUCACCCUUGUCUUCCAGACCAGCGACGUGAACUUUUUGCGGUUGCAUCCGGGCUGUGGGCCCCACACGGUCUUCCGCUGGCAGGUGAAGCUCAGGAACCUUAUCGAGCCAGACCUGUGCGAGUAUCACUUUACUGUCACCCGAAUCAACAUCUGCCUUAAGAAGCGGCAGAGCCAGCGCUGGGCGGGGCUAGAGGCCCCUUCCACACGAGGUGCAGUGGGUGGUGCAAAGGUUGCUGGGCCAUCUGGCCCAACUCCCCUGGAAAAAACUCCACCUGGUGGCACCCCACACCCCCUCUCCGGCAAGGAGGAGGCCCGAGGUGGGGAGAAGGAGAAGCCCCCCACUGAGGACUCCCCGGGACUGGAGGGGGUGGCGGCCCGGAUGGCGUCGGAGCAGCCCGUCGCUGUGAAGCAAGAGCCGAACGUUGCUUUGCCCAAGCCCACGUGCAUGGUACCCCCCAUGCCGCACAGCCCGGUGAGUACUGAGAGCGUGGAGGAGGAGGAGGAGGAGGAGAAGAAGGUGUGUCUGCCCGGCUUCACCGGCCUCGUGAACCUGGGGAACACCUGCUUCAUGAACAGUGUCAUCCAGUCCCUCUCUAACACCCGCGAGCUCCGGGACUACUUCCACGAUCGCUUGUUUGAAAUGGAGAUCAACUACAGUAACCCUCUGGGCACGGGCGGGCGCCUGGCCAUCGGCUUUGCGGGGCUUCUGCGGACGCUGUGGAAGGGCACCCACCAUGCCUUCCAGCCCUCUAAGCUGAAGGCCAUCGUGGCGGGCAAAGCCAGCCAGUUCACAGGCUACGCCCAGCACGAUGCCCAGGAGUUCAUGGCGUUCCUCUUGGACGGCCUCCACGAGGACUUAAACCGCAUCCAAAACAAGCCUUACACCGAGACCGUUGAUUCGGAUGGGCGGCCGGACGAGGUGGUGGCUGAGGAGGCCUGGCAGCGGCACAAAAUGAGGAACGACUCAUUUGUUGUGGACUUGUUCCAGGGCCAGUAUAAGUCAAAGCUGGUCUGCCCCGUGUGCACCAAGGUUUCCAUCACUUUUGACCCUUUUCUGUACCUGCCAGUGCCCUUGCCCCAGAAACAAAAGGUACUCAUUGUCUACUACUUUGCCAAGGAGCCUCACAAGAAGCCAGUUAAGUUCUUGGUAAGCAUCAGCAAAGAAAAUUCCAGCGCUAUGGAGGUCCUUGACUCGCUGGCCCACAGCGUCCAUGCGAAGCCGGAGAACCUGCGCCUGGCUGAGGUGUCUAAGAACCGUUUCCACCGCAUAUUCCUGCCCUCCCACUCACUGGACGCCAUCUCCCCUUCGGACCCACUGCUGUGCUUCGAGGUGCUGUCGGCAGACCUGGCCAAAGAGCGUGUCGUCGUGCUUCAAGUCCAGCAGCGCCCCCAGGUACCCAGCGUUCCCAUCACCAAAUGUGCGGCCUGCCAGAAGAAGCAGCAGCCGGAGGAUGAAAAACUGAAGCGCUGCACCCGCUGCUACCGCGUUGGCUACUGUAACCAGGUUUGUCAGAAGACACACUGGCCAGAUCACAAAGGCCUCUGCCGUCCUGAGAACAUCGGCUUGCCCUUUCUCGUCAGUGUGCCCGAGUCCCGCCUCACGUAUGCCCGCCUCUCCCAGCUGCUGGAAGGCUUCGCAAGGUAUUCAGUGAGUGUGUUCCAGCCACCCUUCCAGCCGGGCCGGGUAUCUCCAGAGCAGGGCUCACAAACCUCGAAUUCUGAGAAACUGGACUCGCUGACCAAGAACGCCUGUGCCGCCAGCACCCAAGGACUGGGGGAUGGGGACCAAGACCUUCACCUCCCCAUGGAAUCACAGGCGUCCGCUCUGGCCCCUGAACUGCGCCCCGAGCAGGGAAGUGGAAUUGCCCUGAGAAGCCGGGCACCCCUUGACCGAAGCUCCCUGCUGAGCCCUGCCGCCUCAGGCUUCUCUGAGCAGGCAACCAGCUCGCUCAGUGAGGGCAGCCUCCCAAGGGAGUCCACUGGUGAGAAAGGAUUCAAGCCUGAAGCUGUAGUUCCAGGGUACCAGCAGCCCACUGAGGGUGUGGGCUCCCACACCCCUCAGUUCUUCAUCCACAAAAUCGAUGCCAACAAUAAAGAACAGAAGCUGGAAGAUAAAGGUGAGGUCCCUCUGGAGCUGAGCGAUGACAGCAGCUUGGCCUUGAUCUGGAAGAACAAUGAGCGGCUAAAGGAGUUUGUGCUGGUCGGCUCCAAGGAGCUGGAGUGUGUGGAAGACCCUGGCUCGGCCAGUGAGGCCGCUCGGGCCGGCCACUUCACGCUGGAGCAGUGCCUCAACCUCUUCACCAAGCCUGAGGUGCUGGCCCCCGAGGAAGCCUGGUACUGCCCCAAAUGUAAGCAGCACCGUGAAGCCUCAAAGCAGCUGAUGCUCUGGCGUCUGCCCAACGUGCUCAUCAUUCAACUCAAGCGCUUCUCUUUCCGAAGCUUCAUUUGGAGGGACAAAAUCAAUGACAUGGUGGAGUUCCCUGUCAGGAAUCUGGACCUGAGCAAAUUCUGCAUUGGCCAGAAAGACGACCAUCAGCUGCCCACCUAUGACUUGUAUGCUGUCAUCAACCAUUAUGGGGGCAUGAUUGGGGGACACUACACCGCCUAUGCGCGCUUGCCCAAUGACAAGAACAGCCAGCGCAGUGAUGUGGGCUGGAGGCUUUUUGACGACAGCACAGUCACCACGGUGGAUGAGAGUCAAGUGGUGACCCGCUAUGCCUACGUCCUCUUUUACCGUCGGCGGAACUCUCCUGUGGAGAGACCCCCGCGGGGGCUUCUCACCGAUCACCGCCCUGACCUGGGGUCUGCAGCUGCUGAGGCUACCGCCAGCCAGAGAGCGAACGCCAAACCCUUUGCGUCUGGCCGGGACUCCGAGGCGGCGGCUCCUGCACUGACAUCCGACGGGGUCACCGAGCUCUUCCCCCACGCUGUGGACCGGCUGGAACGGCCCACCCCCACCUACGGCAACAUGGCGAAGGUUGACUAAGAAGAAGCCCGUGGAUUCCUAGGUGCCCGGUUCUGUGGUGGCAGGGGCUGCCGGAUGUUUCAAGUGAAGGCAGGUUUUCUGUUUUGUUUUGUUUUUUGUAUAUGGAAAGGGUUUGCUGCUUUCCCCCACCAGCCCUCCCUGAGCCAGCUGAUGGCCACCAGAGUCUCCUUCGGGCACCUGUCACCUCGUUCUCCCCACAGCAGGGGCUGGGAUGGGAAGCGAAGGAGGCUGCCUUGUCCGUGUGCUGCAGGGGCCAGAAGGAAAGGGAGAGCCCUGGCCACAGCUGUCCCCCACGCCCUCUCCUUCUCUCUUUCCUUCCCUCUCCAUCCCCGAGGUGAUCUGGAUCUUAGCACAGUCGGUCUCCUGAUGCACGGUCCUAUCCUGCACCUUUAAGUGGCUUCCCUUUCUUCCAAUAAAGUUCAGUUAUGAGAAGAGGGUGAUCUCUGUCCUCCUCGUGUGGGGGCUAAGCGACUGGGCUGUCCUGCCCACCUGAUUAAGAAGAUGGCUGAUUAAGGAGCUGAGGUGGCUGGGCUUCAACAGCCGGUUAGUGAGGUUGCCCCUGCCCUUCCCCAGCCCCAUCCCUUUCCAAAUCUUCACCCCGUGCCCCUACAUCAGGGCCAGAGCUGAAUCCUUCUCCGCAGACCGGGGUCAGGGACUGAGCCCACAUGGCAGCCAUGUCCUCCCAAAGCCAAUCCAAGCACAGGCCCUGGGCUCAUAAGGCUCUGAACUCCCAACUUUAGCCCCCUCCCUUCCCCUCUUUCUUCACGCCCGCUCCCAUCUUCACCUGGUAGCUUGAAGGUGGCCAAGUCCUGGUCCUGGGCAUUCCCAGGCUGGAGCUGUGGACAGGAGGUGCCCAUGCCUCCCGUUCUGUCUGGGUUCAAAAUUUUUCGGUUGUCCUCUCAACUCUUUCUGACUUGCGUUAUAAUUUUAUUUGAAUUACUGUAUUUUUUUUUUUUUUUGCAUUUGGAAGUGAUUGCUGCUGUCUAAAUAUAUUUUAAAAAAUAAACUAUUGUAACACCACCGUGCCGGUGGACGGAAAGGACCACCUGCAGAGAUAGGCAAAGGGAGGGGCAGGAGACUACCCCUUUCAGGAAAUAUUACUUCAGGUAGAGAUGUUCUGACUUCUGAUUUGAUUUCUGGUUAAAAGUCCAUUGCAUAACGAAAUCCAAAUGGAGUCGUUUAAAUCCCUAAGUAGAAGCUGGUUACUGUUAGGAGGCCGUGUGGGAGAGGCUUACGAAUUUCUGAGCCCGUGGCACAGCGCUGGCCGAACGGGGAGGGAGUGUUUGUUCCCUGAGCCCCAGUAGCCAGCCUUCUGAAAAAAAGACGGGCCAACUGGGCCCUGGCUGCUUCCCCCACCAUCUGCAAGUGCGGUUCUGAAAAUCCUCGGAAAGCGGCAGCAAGCUUGGGGCGGGGACCCGAGCAUGACCCCCUCAGGUUAUUCCUACCUCAGAGGGAGGGCGUUAGGUUCCUGGGCAUACCUGGGGGUGACCGAUCUUUUCAAGUGGCUGCCUGGGUCGUUUCGCCCAGUAAAGUAGUUGCAGUCCCCCGUAAACUUGCAGUGCCGCUCUGCCCGGCUGAAUCACCUUAACUUGUUAGGGUCCCACUUCCCCCUAUUCAGAGAAGAGGUCUGUGGCCAAGACCCAUGGCAUUGCCCCCGCGCCCCCUGAUACAACUGAGCGGAGGAGGCCCAUCUCUGCUCUCAUGCUUCCAGUUCAGGGCCUGUGUGUAACCUGUUGGACUUCCGCUGCACCUUCCCCAUCUUGAGGGAAGCCCUACUGGUUCAUUAUGAUUAUUAUUGUUGUUGUUGUUAUUAUUGUAAUUGUUAAGCAUUUACUAUGU